UAAACGAAGAUGGAGUUUACGUCAGGUGGAAACGUCACACCGCGAGUGAUAUGGUAACUGUAGUCGUACACACGAUGAAAGCCCAGUGAAGGUGGUCAGGUGGUCAACUUUCUCAAUGAAUUGUCAGAGGAACCACACCAUGAAAUUAUGCCCCUAAUCACCAGUGAAUUAUAACCCGCAAACAUGACAACACUGGAGCUCAAUCAAAUGAGAUUGUACUUCGUAACUUAUAAUGUCGCAACGAAGUUCCCUGAGGAGGAUCCUCGUCAGAUGCUGGGGAUCAACUCCACGAGCCCAGAAGGACUACCCGACUUCUUCGUCGUUGGACUACAGGAGGUGAAGUCUCAGCCCCAGAACAUGGUAAUCGACAUGCUCUUCGAGGAUCCAUGGACCAAGAUUUUCAAACAAUCAUUAAAGGAGCACGAUUACAUAAAAAUACGUACACAGAGGCUGCAGGGACUUGUGUUAAAUGUAUUUUGUUUGCGGAGGCACUUGACUCACCUGAGGUUCAUCGAGGCCACCUACACGAGGACUGGCCUCGGAGGCAUGUGGGGCAAUAAGGGUGCAGUUAGUGUUCGUUUUAACAUGUAUGGUGUGAACAUUUGCAUCGUAAAUACACACCUGACUCCCCACGAUCAUCUAUUCAACGACAGAAUAGCUGAUUAUAACACUAUUCUCAGAGAGCACGCAUUCCAAGUACCUGAAACACAACAUAUCCUAUACCAUGACUAUAUUUUCUGGAUUGGGGACCUGAAUUUUCGACUCAAUGGGGAAGACCUGACAGCAGAGAUCAUCGACAACCUCGUGAAGAAGAAUGAACUGAAGCUCCUGUUGAGCAGGGAUCAGUUGAACGUCGCGAAGGAGAGUGGAGAUGCCUUUGCAGAAUUCAGUGAAGAGAUUAUUGCAUUUCCACCUACUUAUAAAUUCGAAUUUUCAUCUCAGGAAUAUGAUCUCAAACGUCGUCCGUCCUGGACGGAUAGGAUUUUGUACAAAGUUAAUGCUGAUGUAUAUGAGGACAUGAAGUUAGAAGCUGUAGAAAAGAAUUACAGGAGUCAUCCGAGUUACGUACAGUCGGAUCACAAGCCAGUCAGUGCAGAGUUCACUAUAAAGAUUAGGCCCGAUUAUGAGGACCAUGGAGUGGAGUUCCAGCCAGUGAGCGCUUGGAUAGUGGAUCAACAGAACUCUGUGGGUUACACCCUCAGAGGUGACUUCAAACCUUCCCCCGGUGAUUGGAUUGGACUUUUCCACGAGGGUUUCUCGUCUCUGGAUGAAUAUCUGGUUUAUGAAUAUGUUGGCCGGGGUAAACCUGGUAUAGACACUUUCUCAGAUGCAACCAGCAACACCAUAACUGAACGAAUAUACUUUAAUGACAGUGCCCUCAGAGCGCCAGGAAUGUAUCGUCUGGUAUACGUCUCUCAAUCUGGUGAUAUUGUUGGUGUCCUAGGGAUGAGUCCUCCCUUCCCUGGCCACAGAAGAGCUUGAAGCAUCCUCAGAGCUCAAUGGGAACAGAAAAUCCCAUUCCCUCUGAGUAAUUAUGGAAUCGAACAAAGUAAUUGGGUACCUGCCUUGAUAAUGUUAUCGCGACUUAGCUAAUUUGUUUAGUUUUGCUGUGUAAAAUGUGUUGGGUAUAUGGAAGCAAUAUAAUUUUAUAUAGAUUUAUCGACGAGAAAAGUAAUGAGAUGUUCUUUAUUUUAUUAUCUUGUAAGUAGCAAUUGCUCCCCAUUAUGCAAGGUAUGUAUGCAAUAGUGACUAGGAGGACAGGGGAUUAAAUUAUAUAAAUAAUUAACUGUAUACAUACUUGCAAUCAGUAUAAAUUAAUGGUAAUUUGUGGAACAAUUGGAGAAAUGGAAAUGAUAGAGUUAUGUUCAUCUCUGGGAAUAUAAAAAUAAAUAAAUAAAUAAAUAAAUGGAAUUGAUCGUUAA